GCGACCAAGGCAGAGCCCGGGCGGGAGGGCGGCCCCCGAGCAGAGGGGGCCUGGGGAGUCUGUACUCUGUAGCCGCCCCCCAGCACAGGGCUCAGCGGACGGGGCGUGAGCCGGACCCGGGAGGAGGCGGGGGCAGCGGCGGGACCUGCCCUGAGCUGUCCCGAGCUUCCCCAAGUCCCGCAGCCGCCCGGCCGGGACACGCGGGGAGCAGCAUGGCCCGACUCCGCCACGCAGGCUGCUGCUGGGGGCUCAUCCUCCUGUGGGCGGCGGCCCGAGCAGAAAUCCGCUAUGCAACUGUAUAUUGGAUGAAAACUGAGAAAACAAUCCAGGUCAAAGAUGUAUUGGACAGGAAUGGAGAUGCCUAUGGCUUUUACAAUGACACUAUACAAUCAACAGGGUGGGGGAUUCUGGAGAUCAGAGCAGGCUAUGGGAGUCAGUCCAUAGGCAAUGAACGCCUCAUGUAUGCAGCUGGCUUUUUGGAGGGCUAUCUCACAGCUCCGCGUAUGUAUGACCAUACUUCAAACCUGUAUCCGCAACUAAUUAAGAAUCCCACCAUUCUAAGCAGAGUUCAGGAAUUUAUGGGGAAACAGGAUCAAUGGACCAGACAACAAAUAAAAAAUAAUAAGGAUGACCCCUUCUGGAGACAUGCUGGCUAUGUUAUUGCACAGCUGGAUGGGCUGUACAUGGGAGCCCAAGAAUGGGCUAAGCACCACAAGCAAAAACCCCUGAGUGUCUUUGAGGUCCGCUUCCUGAAUGCAGUUGGAGAUCUACUGGACCUUAUUCCUGCAUUAUUCACGUAUUCAGCAGUGGGUUGGUAUAAGGGUGACCCAGCAGGCUUUGGGAGAUAUCAGUGGGACAUGGGUCACUGCUCUGCUCUUAUCAAGGUUCUCCCUGGAUAUGAGAACAUCUAUUUUGCUCAUUCCAGCUGGUUUACAUAUGCAGCUACGUUGAGAAUAUAUAAACAUUGGGACUUCAACAUCACUGAUCCAAAGACUGUUACUGGUCGGAUGUCAUUUAGCAGUUACCCAGGUUUUUUGAUGUCUCUGGAUGACUUUUACUUACUUGGCAGUGGCUUGGUAAUGUUGCAGACCACAAACAGUGUGUUUAACCAAACUCUUCUUAAACAAGUGGUGCCCAAAUCUCUCUUUGCUUGGCAGAGAGUCCGUAUUGCCAACAUGAUGGCAGACAAUGGCAAAACCUGGGCACAAACUUUCUUAAGAUGCAACUCGGGGACCUAUAACAAUCAGUACAUGGUCCUGGAUAUGAAGAAGGUUAAGCUGCAAGGGAGCCUGGAUGACGGAGCACUCUAUAUCAUUGAGCAGAUCCCAACACUUGUGGAGUAUUCUGAUCAGACAAGUGUUCUCCGUAAAGGAUACUGGCCUUCUUACAACAUCCCUUUCCAUGAAACCAUCUACAACCUCAGCGGGUAUGCAAAGUACGUUGAGAAAUACGGCCUGGACUUUUCUUAUGAACUGGCUCCCAGAGCAAAAAUCUUCCGACGGGACCAGGGGAAAGUGACUGACUUGGAGUCCAUGAAGUAUAUAAUGAGAUAUAACAACUACAAGAAGGAGCCCUAUGCCAAGCUCAAUCCGUGCAACACUGUCUGCUGCCGCGAAGACCUGAACCCUUCUCUCCCAGUGCCAGCAGGCUGCUAUGACUCAAAGGUGGCAGAUUUCCAUAUGGCUUCGGUGUUUGCAGCCUGUGCUGUCAAUGGCCCACCCGUAGAGGAUGGGCUUCCUGUUUUCAGCUGGAAACAAUUCAAUGGGACCAGCCAUCAGGGUCUGCCAGAAUUCUACAACUUUGACUUCGUCACCAUGAGGCCAAUCCUGUGAAACUGGUAUCAGGAUUUAUGAAAAAAUAUUUUUCCUUUUUCUGAAUACUUCCAUUCUCCCACAAAAUAAAACAUUCUUUAAG